AUGGAGUCUUACAAAACUCUAGAAAUCGUUCGCAAGAACACUGACUCCUCCGUAUUUCACCUCAAUCUCAACAGACCAUCACAAUUCAACGCUUUAUCCCUUGAUUUCUUCGUCGAAUUCCCAAUAGCUCUUUCGUCUCUCGACCAAAAUCAAGAUGUCGCAGUCAUCGUCCUUUCCGGCGCCGGCAAACACUUCUGCUCCGGCAUCGACCUCAGUUCCCUUUCUUCUAUCUCCGAACGAUCCGCGUCUGGUGACAGAGGACGCUCGAGCGAACGCCUACGCCGGACGAUCAAGUCGAUGCAAGCAGCGAUCACGGCCAUCGAACAGUGCCGGAAACCUGUUAUCGCAGCUAUACACGGCGCGUGUAUUGGAGGCGCUGUUGAUCUCGUCACCGCUUGUGACAUGAGGUAUUGCUCGGAGGAUGCUUUCUUCGCGAUCAAGGAGGUGGAUCUAGCGAUUGUCGCUGAUCUAGGUACACUCCAGCGAUUACCGAGCAUCGUCGGUCACGCAAACGCCAUGGAAUUGGCGUUAACUGCUCGGAGAUUCUCAGCACGUGAAGCUAAAGAUCUGGGUUUGGUUUCUCGCGUUUUCGGAUCUAACUCGGAGCUGGAUAAAGGCGUCAACACAAUCGCCGAGGGUGUAGCAGCUAAGUCUCCUCUAGCUGUGACAGGGACAAAGGCUGUGUUAUUAAGAAGCAGAGAGCUGACCGUAGAACAAGGCCUUGACUACGUAGCGACUUGGAACUCAGCGAUGCUUAUCUCAGACGAUCUCAACGAGGCCGUCUCUGCUCAGUUGAAGAAGAGACAACCUCGUUUCUCAAAACUGUGA